UUACAUCAUACAUAUAUACUUAUUUAAGAUGUCACUAUCUGCAGCUGACUUCUUGGUGAGCACAAUUAAUAAGUAAUACAAGAGCAACGCUAUGAAGAAAUUCGCCUUUUUUAUGUUGCUUCUAGUUGUUGGUGGAGAAACCAAAAACAUGACCAUUUGGAAAACUUGCAGGACUAAAGCAAAACAAAAUUGCUCUUCGGAACUUACACCUUAUCUGAAAAAGGAAAAGGACUGCGGAAGUUACAAACAUUUCCUGCACUGUGCUGCGGGUGUAGCUGACAAGGAAUGUUACGAAUUAUUUAGAGUGUCUCACCCCUGCCACUCUAGUAGACAAGAGAAGGUGACUGUUCACUCAUCAGUAGUUCUUUCUGCACUUGCGGUUACCUUAUUAAUACUUAACAAGGUACAAGUUUGAAAUAAUAUUUUGAUUGCACUAUUCACUGAGUCGUUUCGAUGAUUGAAUCUUGUAAUUUUGAAAUGUAUCAAUACUUGGAAUGAAUAAACACCUGAAAUAUAUAAUUAUA